AUGAUCGUCGUUAACAGCGUGUUGCUCCUGCUGGCGGUCAUGUCGAGAGUGGAAUGUCAACGAAACAUCCCGAGAAACGCCAGGGCGAGCAGGAACGAGGCAGCUUUGGAAUUCGAGUGCCCGGAGGAGUUCGGAUACUACCCUCAUCCGCGCGACUGCACGCAAUACUACGUCUGCGUGUUUGGCGGUGCGUUGCUCGAGUCCUGCACGGGGGGAUUGAUGUACAGCCACGAGUUGCAGACAUGCGAUUGGCCACGUAACGUAGGCUGCCCCGAAGGCGGAUCUCCCAGUAAGGAAACCGAAGACGAUCCGCUGCUGGAGAGAUCGGCGAAGAUCGAGACCCUGCAGGAGCAGCAGCAGCAGCAGCAGCAGCAACAGAGGCCGCAACAGCAACAGAGGCGUGAACAGCAACAGCCUCGUCCUAUUCAGAGGCAGCCUGUUGUGACCACCACGUCGGUCCCUGUGCCGCAGAUCACCGAAAAGCAGAUUCGCCAGAGGCAACAGGUCAGGAAUUAUCACGAGGACGAGUACGAACCAGCUACGGAAGUGGAAAGCGACAGACAGCAGAGAGUGUACAGAGGGCAACCUUCGACGAUUGGUCAAGUGCAGAGGGACAGGGAUGGUCUGAGAAGGAACGUGAUUUCGGAAAGGGAGAAGGAGAGCCUGCUGAGUACGCGUGCCCAAACGGAAGCCCACUACAGGACACAAGUACCAUCCUCCGAGUCACCGAGAGUCGCCAAGAUCCUCGCGUCCACAGUCGCCCCGGUGAUCUCCAAGUCCUACUACAGCGAUCCAGACCAGAGCUACCCUUAUUACACGAUCUACGACGACGACGUGUCCAUCUACAAGGACGACGAUUACAACCAAUACACCGUGAACCAAACGGUGGCGGUGCAGCCGAGUGUUAAAAUCAGCGAGGUGAACACUAAGCAGUAUCAAAAGCCGAAGAAGGUCGCGGUGAACGAAGCGGACAAGUACAACUUGAACCAAGACGUGACGGCACAGGACUACGAUAUCUACGAGAAUCAGGCGCAGCUGAACAAGAACAAGUUCCGCAUUACCGAUGGCCAGUCGUUCAGACCGAACGUGCUCAGCCACCCUGUCGUCCACGUGACCACGCCAAACGCUAUCGUGGACACGUUCAUCCCGUUGACGACGACCACGCAGCCUCCGUCCACCACCAGCAGGCCUUACACGGUCAAUGCACCCAGCCGGGGUCGUCCGCAACAGGUCCAUCGUGGCACAGCACCGCCCCGGUCGCGGCCAACCUUGAAGCCGUCCACGGAGAUCGUGUCGAAAGCGCAGGAGUUCGUCGACAUCUACAGGUAUCCUCCGUUGAGGCCAUCGCCGAUUUAUCCGACUCCUCAGGUCGACAAACCGGCGGCAAAGUGUCGCAAGGACGUCUGCCUGCUUCCUGAUUGCAGUUGCGGCGGUGCAGACAUUCCAGGUGACUACCUUCCGGAGGAGAUACCGCAAAUCGUCCUCCUGACGUUCGACGAUUCGGUGAACGACCUGAACAAGGGUCUCUACGCCGAUCUGUUCGAGAAGGGACGGAAAAACCCGAACGGCUGUCCCAUCUCGGCAACGUUCUACGUCUCCCACGAGUGGACAGACUACAGCCAGGUCCAAAAUCUCUAUGCCACCGGUCAUGAGAUUGCCUCCCACACGGUUUCGCACAGCUUCGGUGAGCAGUUCUCUCAUCGAAAAUGGGCGCGAGAAGUUGCCGGACAGCGUGAAAUCCUCUCGGCCUACGGAGGCGUCAAGCUCGAGGAUGUCAGAGGAAUGAGAGCUCCCUUCUUAUCGGUCGGCGGAAACAACAUGUUCAAAAUGCUGUGGGACACAAACUUCACCUACGACUCUUCCAUGCCGAUCUACGAGAAUCGACCACCGAGCUGGCCGUACACCUUGGACUACAAACUCUUCCACGACUGCAUGAUCCCUCCUUGUCCCACCAGGUCUUAUCCAGGCUUGUGGGAAGUUCCUAUGGUGAUGUGGCAGGACUUGAACGGAGGUAGAUGCUCUAUGGGAGACGCUUGCAGCAACCCACCGACUGCCGACGGCGUUUACAAGAUGCUGAUCAAGAACUUCGAGAGACACUACACUACCAACAGAGCACCGUUUGGACUGUUCUAUCACGCGGCCUGGUUCACCCAGCCUCACCAUAAGGAGGGAUUCAUUUCGUUCCUAGACACUAUCGUCGCGAUGGACGACGUGUGGAUCGUGACGAACUGGCAGGGAAUCCAGUGGGUCAGGAAUCCUACGCCACUUCCGUUGAUGCACACCUUUGAACCCUUUGGGUGCAACUAUCCGGACCGGCCGAAGAAGUGCAACAACCCGAAAGUCUGUAAUCUGUGGCACAAGAGCGGCGUGAGGUACAUGAAGACCUGCCAGACGUGUCCGGACAUCUAUCCGUGGACGGGCAAGACCGGAAUACGAAGCAGUCGCAUCGACAACGACGUCGAUGCGCACGAAUGAAGGAGGAAUGGAUCGGUGUUCCGUGCGAUCGAGGCCCACCCAGCCGGAGAGGAGGAGUGGUAGCGGCAAACGGAGGAGACGAAGCAACGUUUCUACAGCGAUACGAUUACUAAAUCCCGUCCAACGAAUGCCACGUGUAUCCAGGCCGAGUACGCCAGCGAAAUCUGAACGUAGAAAAAUCAGCCCUCUUUCCUCCAUCCAUCCCUCGCUUCCAAAACCUGCAUAUGGACCGAAAUCGCGGAGGAAUAAACGGCA